CAGGUCUUUCUCCCGCCCCUCUGGCCUUCCACGGCUGUCCUGGUCGCAGGGUGUUCAAGGCGGGACGCCCCAGGCUAGGGAGCCGCGAUCGUGCCCCGCCUCAGGCGCUGCGCUCCGGGCCAGGUGGCCGCGGGAGCCCGUAAGCGCUCAGCUCCCGAGCCGGGAGGGUUUCCAGGGCACUUGCCCUAGGCUGCGUUCCCGAAGGCUACCGAGGGCAAGGGCUCCGUGCACACCUGGUGACUUCUGUUGGUGCUCCACCGUGAACAUGGUGCAAAGAUAUCAGUCUCCUGUCCGAGUCUACAAGUACCCGUUUGAGCUGGUCAUGGCGGCCUACGAGAAGCGCUUCCCCACCUGCCCGCAGAUCCCAGUCUUCCUGGGCAGCGAGGUCCUGCGCGAGUCCCGCAGCCCGGACGGGGCUGUGCACGUCCACCCUGAGAAUGAAGACUGGACUUGCUUCGAGCAGUCUGCCUCACUGGACAUCCGGUCCUUCUUUGGCUUUGAAAAUGCCUUGGAGAAGAUCGCCAUGAAGCAGUACACCGCCAACGUCAAGAGGGGGAAGGAGGUGAUUGAACAUUACUUGAAUGAGCUCAUCUCCCAGGGUACCUCGCACAUUCCCCGCUGGACGCCUGCCCCGGUCCGUGAGGAGGAUGCCCGCAACCAGGCUGGACCGAGGGACCCCGGCUCCCUGGAGGCCCACCGGCCCGGUAGCGCCCUGGGCCCCGCUCUGGAGGCGGUCAGUAUGGACGGGGACAAGUUGGACGCGGACUACAUUGAGAGGUGCCUGGGCCACCUCACACCCAUGCAGGAGAGCUGCCUGAUCCAGCUUCGGCACUGGUUACAGGAGACCCACAAAGGCAAGAUUCCCAAAGAUGAGCAUAUCCUUCGGUUCCUGCGGGCCCGUGACUUCCACCUGGACAAGGCCCGGGAAAUGCUGUGCCAGUCCUUGAGUUGGCGGAAGCAGCACCAGGUGGAUCUCCUCCUUCAGACCUGGCAACCCCCUGCCCUGCUGGAGGAGUUCUAUGCAGGGGGCUGGCAUUACCAGGACAUAGACGGCCGCCCCCUCUACAUCCUCCGCCUGGGCCAGAUGGACACCAAAGGCUUGAUGAAGGCUGUGGGGGAGGAGGUGCUGCUGCGGCACGUUCUCUCCGUCAAUGAGGAAGGACAGAAGCGGUGUGAGGGGAGCACAAGGCAGCUGGGCCGUCCCAUCAGCUCCUGGACCUGCCUGCUGGACCUGGAGGGACUCAACAUGCGGCACCUGUGGCGGCCGGGGGUGAAGGCCCUGCUGCGGAUGAUUGAGGUGGUUGAGGACAAUUACCCAGAGACCCUGGGUCGGCUGCUCAUCGUGCGAGCGCCCCGUGUCUUCCCCGUGCUCUGGACGCUGAUCAGCCCCUUCAUCAACGAGAACACCCGGCGGAAGUUCCUCAUCUACAGUGGCAGCAACUACCAGGGACCCGGAGGCCUUGUGGACUAUCUGGAUAGAGAAGUCAUCCCUGACUUCCUUGGGGGAGAGAGCGUGUGUAAUGUCCCUGAGGGAGGGCUGGUCCCCAAGUCCCUCUAUAUGACGGAAGAGGAGCAGGAGCACGCGGACCAGCUGUGGCAGUGGAGCGAGACCUACCAUUCAGCCAGCGUGCUCCGCGGAGCCCCCCAUGAGGUGGCAGUGGAGAUUCUGGAAGGGGAGUCGGUCAUCACCUGGGACUUCGACAUUCUGCGAGGGGACGUGGUGUUCAGCCUGUACCACGCCAAGAAGGUGCCCAGGCCGGGCGCCCGGGAGCCAGGGACCAGGGCCAGUGGGCAGCUGAUCGACAAAGGCUGGGUCCUGGGCAGGGAUUACAGUCGUGUGGAGGCUCCCCUCGUCUGCCGGGAAGGGGAGAGCAUCCAGGGCUCCCAUGUGACCCGGUGGCCCGGCGUCUACCUGCUCCAGUGGCAAAUGCACAGCCCCCCCGGCAGUGUGGCCUGCAGCCUCCCGGGCGUGGACGACGUCCUGACGGCUCUGCACAGCCCUGGCCCCAAGUGCAAACUUCUCUACUACUAUGAGGUGCUCGCCUCUGAGGACUUCAGAGGCUCCAUGUCCAGCCUGGAAUCCUGCACCAGCGGCUUCUCCCAGCUCAGCGCAGCCACCUCGUCCUCCUCCUCCGGCCAGUCUCAUAGCAGCUCCCUGGUCUCCAGAUAG